AAACGCUAGUCUCGGAGGCUGCGACCAUGGCUUGCACUUGGUUCAGUUUCCCGAACGCAAUCUCGCGCACCAUAGUACUACCGUAACGACAGCGAUAAUAUUGCUAGCGUUGGAUAGCUCGCAUGCCAAUAAAUCCAAGAGUUCGAGCGGUCGUACCGGUGGAGAGGUGGAACGCACAUCACGACAUACGUGAAAACAUAUCGCAAUGUUUUCUCGGCGCCGGCCAAGUAGCCUUGGCCGAGCUAGAGUACUCCCUUGUUUCCCGGUGCUGUCGGAAGACAUACCAGUGAUGUCGGGAGGUCCGUUUUCCCUCACGAUGCUGGUCACGCUGGUCCGGCGGAUCGAGUGCUCACUAUCAGCGCAGCUUAGAGCCAAAGCGAUGCACGCUGCACAGCCUAUACCUUAGCAGUACGCGAAGUCUGUGGAAAGAAGAACGCUAUACCAGGCAAUGGAACGCGUCUCUAGGCCUCUGCGGGAAGCGCGGAGACAGCGGAUGAAAAUGGAGAUGAGGAAGCUCAUGAUGCGAGCACCGAAAACUGCACUGCCUGACGACAGGGCGACGAUGUCAACUGCGAGCGCAUCGCCGGGAGUAAAGGGCAGAUUGUUCUUCAUCACGAUCACGUCUAUUGACAUGGACCCGGACACGAACGACCCUGGCGUCAUCGUCUUGAACAGCAUCGUCGAGUUGAGCCACCAAGCCGCUGCCGGCCAUGUUUGUAGGGUCCGUAGUGACUUGCAAGAGAAAGCGAUUCUUGGGGGUGUCCACAAGGGCCGCUUGGACAAACAAACCAGGGAGAAGCGUUUGCUCCUCCGACUUGGCAUGCCCUGUCGUUGGAUGAAUAUUUCAACGAGCUCGGGCGAUCUCAAGGCACGACCUAAGGCACGUCUCAGGACACGACGGAGUAACGCAUCACGCCGAUGUCGCGGUCCUGUUACCCUCCUUGGCGUGCUAUGUGCUACUCCGGUUUGUCCGCCCCCGCGCGUCGGGUCAGCGCGCCUGGAAGGAAAACAUACUUAGACCCCUCGGCUGCCCGCCUUUGUCUUUCGUCGGCCAACCUCCACUGCGAGACUUCACCCCCUCUCACAUCCUACGGGCCCACCGCGAACACUCGCCGCCAUGGCCAAGAUCUGGUUGCUGCACCCUGUCACCUUCCACUCGUCUCGAGUGCCUACGGGAUAUGACUACUCCCUGAUGACUCCAUGGCAGAUCAAGAUGCUCACCAUGAAAUGGCACGACUGGUACAGAGCCGAUUGGAGCUACGGCCAUACUACCGUCGAGUUCUUCUGCGCCGGCAUCGGCGCCAUGAUGGUGCUAUACUUCCUCUUCCUUAUCCGCUACCGGUUCAAUUCGCGCAGGAAGAGCUCCGCACCCCGCCAGGCGGGUGUCCUGGACAGGUUCACGGCCGCCUUCCGCUACUUCACCUCCAUGCAAGUCCGCUUCAAGCCCCUGUGCUACUAUGCUCCGCCAACGGCCUCUGUUCUUGGUGUUGCCGGUAUUUUCACCUUCGUCAUGGCAUUCGCUCUCGCCGUUCGCCCGUACUACUGGCCAAACUCCCAGAUGGGAAGCAGUCCUCCCCUUGCGACCCGCUGUGGCUGGAUCUCUAUUGCUAUCAUGCCGUUCAUGAUCGCUUUCUCGACCAAGGUUAACUACGUCGGUAUGCUUACCGGCGUAUCGCACGAGAGGCUCCAGGUCUACCACCGCUGGACAGCCCUGUUCAUGUAUAUCACUUCGUUGUUGCACACUUUUCCUUUCAUCCGGUUCAACAUUCACGCAGGAGACAUGGUUCACAAGUACAACACCACUCCUUGGUACUGGUCCGGAAUAGCGGCGUUGGUUCCCCAGACUUGGCUUAUCUUUAUGUCAUGGGGAUUUAUCAGAAACUGGCACUACGAGAUUUUCAAGAAGCUGCACUUCUGCGCUGCAACUAUUUUCAUGGUUGCGCUCUUCAUCCACUGCGACUUCCGUCUUACAUCUUGGGACUACUUCUGGGCUACAAUGGCUAUCUACACCACCACGUGGUUCAUGCAGGUCUUCCGUACGCUUUACCACAGCAAGUUCACCGGUAUCCCGUACACGCUUGAGCAACUCUCGGACCCCAGCAUGGUCAGGCUCACGAUCGAGGCCGGGCCACGAUUCCGCUGGUCGUCAGGCCAGCACGUGUUCCUGCGCUUCCUGUCAAGCAAGUACUUGCACCCGUUCAGCACGCACCCGUUCACGAUCUCCAACGACUGCAACGUGCAAAACGGAAUAAACAACGUCGAGAUCGUUCUCCGCGUCCGUGGGGGCAUUACGAAGGCGCUCCAAAACAUGGCACUGGACAAGCCGCGCGGACGUGUGCUCCUUGACGGGCCGUACGGCGGAAUCCCUGUGUCGCUGCGUGGAUACGAUCGCGUGUGCCUCCUCGCGGGCGGUAGUGGUGCUACGUUCACGGUCUCGCUGCUCCUGGACCUCGCGCGUGGAUUCAAGACUGGCAGCAAGUGCAAGGACGUCACCUUUGUCGUUGCCUUCCGCCACCCUGGAACACGCCUCUGGCUCGAGCCCAUCCUCGCCGAGGCGAUGCAGCUUGCCCAGGAGGCGGGCGCGCGGCUCGUAAUAAGCAUUCACGUCACUUCCGAGGACGCCGAUCUCGAGUCCAUCGGCAGCAACGCGCCGACCAUCGCGCCGGGCACCGUGAUCGUGAAGAAGGUCGACGGCGAGGCGUCCUCGAACCCGUCUACACCCCCUCCCCCGCCGCCGAUCACGCCCACCACAUACGCCGGCCGCCCUGACUUGACCGCGGUGGUCCGAGAGGUGUGCGCAUCGCCGCUCGGCGGGCGCGUUGCGUUCGCAGCGUGCGGGCCCAAUCCGUUUGUGUACGACGUGCGCAACGCCGUCGCGCACUGCCAGCUCGACAUCGCGGAUGGGUACAGCAAGUGCCAGGAGGCCUUCCUCCACGCCGAGGCCUACGAGUACGUUUUGUCCGCUCUUUGCACGCCGCCGGCCCGUACUGACUUUCUACGUGUUCACAGCUGGUAG